ACAUCCACGUGACCGCGUGUGUUCGUGUCGCGGUGGCUGUUGGGAUAUCUUGGGUAGAAGCAACCGCGGCUGUAACGCCGAAUAAAGCUUUAAAACUCGUUGAUUAUUUGGGUUUAGUGUGGUUAGUUUUCGUGGCCUUGUUUCUAUAUUAGCAGUAUUUAUUGAAAUUUGGAUCAUCUCGCUGCAGAUAGCUGAAGAUGACAACAGCAGCAAGGCCAACGUUUGAGCCCGCACGGGGAGGGCGAGGUAAAGGAGAAGGUGAUCUGAGCGCUUUAUCCAAACAGUACUCUAGCAGAGACCUGCCAGGACACACAAAGAUCAAAUACAGACAGCCCACCCAGGAUGCCCCAGAAGAGGUGAGAGCCCGUGAUUUCAGACGUGAGCUGGAGGAGAGAGAGAGAGUUACUGUGAAGAGCAGAGACCGAGGAGCAAGAGAACACACCACCUCCUCGUCUUCAUCUUCUUCAUCCUCCUCAAAGCGUCCACGUCUGGAUCAGAUUCCUGCAGCCAACCUGGAUGCCGAUGAUCCCCUCACUGAGGAUGAAGAGGACUCCGACUCGGGUUCUGACAGUGAUGACGACACCGCCGCCCUGCUGGCUGAAUUGGAGAAGAUCAAGAAGGAGCGAGCUGAGGAACAGGAGAAAAAGGAACGGGAACAGAAGGCGGAAGAAGAAAGGAUACGUAUGGAAAACAUUCUGAGUGGGAAUCCACUGCUUAAUCUGGCAGGCCAGCAGCAGCAGCAACAACAACAACAGCCACAGACCCAGAACACGUUUACUGUGAAAAGAAGGUGGGACGAUGAUGUCGUGUUUAAAAACUGCGCUAAAGGAGUGGACGAAUCCCGCAGAGAGAAACGAUUCAUUAACGACACCCUGCGCUCUGAAUUCCACAAGAAAUUCAUGGAGAAAUAUGUUAAAUAAGUCCUAUUAUGGAAUAUUUCAGCCGUUGUAUUUCUAUGGUUAAUUUCAUUUUUUUUUUUUUCAUUUUAAAAUGUGAUUUUCUUAUGUACUGUCAUUUAUUAUUUGGUGUGUAACAGAAAUGUACUUCAAAUAAACAGAAUGAAAACUAAAUGUAAAA